UAGGCUCAAAGUGGACAAUAUCGUACCAUUGUGGAGAGUCGUGUUCAUCUAACAAAUCUUUAUUAUUUUUCUACCGGAUAUCAUAGUAGAAAAGUCAGGCAAGAUAGCGGAGUUACUGAAUGAGCAAUCUGAGGGCAGUAUAGGUCAAUUCCUCAGAAGCAUGAACUCGUUGCAAGGUUCUGCCAUGGGUUUCAACUGCAAAUGUCAUAAAAUCCUCCCUAGCUGGAUUGAAGCCAUUAAGGCUUUUCUUAAAACAGAAGAUAUUGUGCAACAGACUGUGGAAAUAGGCCUUGUUGAUGAAUGUAUGAGUCUUUGGUCAGUAAGGAAGUGAAUGAUCCGUACCUCCUUAGCGAACCGAUUGUGAAUUUUGUAAAUGAUGAACUCAGUGAGGAUGAUGUGUUUCAUCACAAGCCCAGUGCAAGAAGAAAACUCUCUGUUUCUGAAUGGCAGUUGGAGGAUUUGACAAUUCAGCCUCCUGUAUUGUAUGAACUGACUGUUCAUUCUAUGUAGCUGUGUCCCUUUUGAAGUAUGCAAAGAAGUGAGUUUUUUCUAGUGCUGAAGGUGAUGAAACGUUUCAGUGUGUGAAACAAACCGUCAAAGGGAAGUCAUAGAAGCAGUGGAGAGGAUAAUGCCUCAUCAGAAGGGGCUAUUCCUUGAAAUGCAUUAUGAUAUCGAGUGUGUGAAACGGAUUGUAAAGCACUUCUAUAGAGUUUGUAGUUCAAUAUUGGAAGGAUUAAUUGUGAUGGCAAAACUGAUUGAGGAAUUCUUGUUUGAGGUUGCCAGUGACAGAGAAUUGGAGAUCGGUGCAUUUGUUUCAUUAGUUGAAAUGUCAAGUGCAGCAUCAAUGGGAACCGAUAGGAGCUCCUUUGGAAUAUACAGCGCUAUAGAUAUAUAUCUGGACAAGCAUAGCUACCUGACAGAAUCUGAGAGAGAAGAAGUGUGCAGAGGGCUGGACUACCAUAGGAUGUCAGCUGAAGUUUGUGAACACGCAGCCAAGAACCAGAAAAUUCCAUUAAGAAUCGUGGUCCAAGUGCUAGUUUUGGUGCAAUUACAACUUCGCUAUGCAAUCACAAAGGAAAUGCAGGGUUCUGACAACAAAUUGAUACAGGAUGAGGUUGAAAGUGAUGGAGGAGUGUUGGCCUUAGGUGGAGGUUAAUUAAAAAAUGAAAUGGAGAAAAUGAACAAUAAGGUGAUGGAGUUGGAGAAAGAGUCUCAUAUGCUGAGGAAAUGGAUUGAGGAAGGCUGCAACCACAUGGUGAAAAAAGAGAAGACAAGCACGUGGAGAGAAAUGAAGAGGAAGUUUGGUUGCAUAAGUAAGAUGCCCAACUGCAAGUGCCAAGUUAAAAAGGGUGAGAUCCCACGUCGGUUGGAGGGGGGAACGAAACAUUUUUUAUAAGGGUGU